CACGCUCUGUUGUGUUCACAGUUGAUCCAUCCUCCAUCGUGUGAAGAGUAAAAUCAAUCUCUGGCACCGGCUUCUUGGUCUGAAUAGCCCUUAGAGCAUUGUCGACCUGGAGCUUUUCCUCCACGAUGCGAGGCGUGGUGGGAUUGUCUUCGCCGUCCAUGGUGGCGAUUGAGGGUAGAGAUGCGGGGAUUUGGAGGUAUGGAAAUCACGAUCAAACGAGCGACAAGAUGUGCCUCGGCGUAUUGAAGCGGUUGAAGCCCGGUGGCGGUGAUUAUGUUGAUGUGGUUGAGGUUGUCAGAGACAAGCGGAAUUGGAAAUUCUGAUAGACGGGAGCGAUUGAACUGUCGUGGGGCACGCGCACUUGCACCUAGCGGCGGCUGUUGGUCAGCGCUAUGGUAAAUUUGUGAUUAGAUGGGACGGUAACGGUGAAUGCGAUGUGUGAUGGGCCGAGCUAAAAAUUGACAGGAAGGACGUGAUCUCUUGCGGGGAAAGCGCACAGUCGUCAGACGUCGAGGUCGAGUUGUACGGCGAGAGAGCGAGAGUGGUAAGGCUGUACUUGAGUAGGUAGGAAGAGUGAGGAUGUCGAGGGGGAUGAAGUGAGAUGGGAUGAGAGUGAGUGGUGAUGGUGAUGGUGGUCGUGGCGGUGGUAGAAGUACAGACAAAGUUGCAACUUGCUAUGGUGGAGUACUCGGUAGAGUAGCGUAGCGAAUGGAUUCAGAUUCAACGACUCAACGUGAACGUAAUGUUCACUCGUUCACUCACCGUAAUCUGGUGCUGCUGCUGGCCUGCUUGACAACGUAUCAACGUUCACCUCGUAGACUCUCCGCUAUUGCUCCGGGGAAAGAGGACGGCAGAAGGGGCCACCACCGCUAAGAAGCUGAAAGUUCUUCAACCACCCAACCAUUCGCACUCACCGAAAGCCCCAGAAGAAGAAAGGGUCCUCGGGGGUCCUGACUACUACAGUGAGGGGGCCAUCCUAGAAACAGCCAGACCCCAGUCGAGGUUGCCUAGUCUAGCUUCUCCUGACUCAAUCUGUGGGGGACGAAUAGCGCAAAGCCGGAGCCGCUGGAAGUCACAACAACCAAGACCAGCUCCCCUCAACCACCAUUGCAAGUCGGAAUAGCUUCAUCUUCGUCCGGCGUCAAGUAGAGCAUCGGAAUCACGCGCUUCGCACCGGCCAGUGCCCGUGCCCUUAGUCAGGAGUCGGUUCAAGGGCUCCAGGGCCCAGGGUCCAAUUACAUGGCAGCUCGUCAUUAAACACUAGACACAGCCCUCUCGCUCUGGCAAAAGUACAGUUGUGGGAUUCCCAUUUGGGUGCCGAGCAGAGCCUCAUCAUAUCGCGUUGCUGCAGGCUUGAUCCUUCGCGGCAAGCUCAAGUGUACCAACCACUACCACCCACAUCCAACUACGGCUACAGUACAGCUACCGCUACCCUUCUACCAUUCAUUUAAUCCAGCUACCAACAGAUCCAUCCAUCUCCCGCAAGAUGCACGAUAACCGUAUUUACACCCCUCCUGGCCUCUCCCGCGAGUAUCAGUAUUUAUACUAACUACCAGACAGGUCCCCAUCCAUUACUGGAGCAGGUCCCCUUGACCGUCUCGCCCUUUGUAUCUCUCCCUUCUGCCAGACCACUACCACCUUCAUACAAGACACUGCCAUCCAGACUACCUCUAUCGUCUACAGGAGCGUCUUCGUCGUCAGAAGAGAAAUCCAAAUACGUUGUAUCAAACUCGGGGCAUGCAGCGCACCCCAAUGACAUUAUCAAAUCGUGCAAUGAUCUGAAAGCAUAUAUCCAGAAAAUGCAAGACGAUGCCGACAAGGAAUUGAAGGCUUGGGAUGAUGCAAUUGCCGCUAGAGAUCUGGCAGAGAAGCGGAGGGUGGCUCCCGGAUGGCUGGAUAGUGAUGCCAGGAUAUUGGAACCCGAAAAGAUAUCAAAUAGAACGUCUAUUGUUCAAGGGGCAAGUUUAAUGGACGUCGAUGUAUCAAAUAUUGAAGCAAAGGGACUACAGCAUACCGCAAUCGCAGUACCGGCGGGAGAGGGGCAAGGAGAUGAACUUGAUCGGGCUUUUGGGGGACUUCAAGUUGGAAUAAACAAGUAAGAAGUAACAAAUGAAUUUCACAAAAAAUACUCGUCCAAUAUAGUUAGUUUAAUAUGAAAAUGACACAUCGUUUUGCAAAUAGGUUCCCAUGCUGCAGCCAAGCAAUGCCUACUAUCUAGCUAUGUAAUGCCGUGAUAGUGGUAGUGAUAGCUCAUGGCGGGGCUGUUCAGAUGGCAGCCUUGCGUGUGAGGCAACCACAGCAACCUCAAGCUCACCUCACGAGCUCCCUUACCAGCUCCGGAUUUUUAUUCCCUGAACAUCAUUCACAGGAUGCCUCCACGAAUACCGCGCCUUGCACUUGGACUCACAAAAUUAUCCAAGGCCAAGAAUAAAACUCCUGCGUCGCACCCGCAAAUAUGUCCCAUUUGCACAUUUGCAAGAAAUUCACAACGACCAUCCUCAACAAGACGGUCGCAACUCCAGUCAAAUCGAAUUGGUAGACGCCAACAAUCCAAUGCUACGGCUGCCGCAAGUGUCCAGUCCUCGGCGCCUCAAGUUGCCAUUUCACCUAGAAUUGAACUUCGAGAUGCCUUGAAUGACCUCCAAAAACAUGCUGCCAAUUACGUCAAUAUUUCGAGACUGCAAUUGGCUUUGCGCGGAUUAGAACAAUCCACGGGAGACGAGAUCAUACGAAUUGCUAUUCUGGGACUGGCAGAUGGUGGUGAUUCAUUAAAAAAGGCAAAGCAGCUCGUACGCUUGCUUUUAGCUGACCCUUUAAAGGCAGAGGAAGAAUGGGAACGGGGAUUACUUGAUGAGCAACCUGGGAAUCGACCACUGUUGUUACGGGUAGGGAAUGAAGGAGAAGAGCCAGUUUAUAGUAGUCGAAUGGUUCAGGAGUUACAUAUAUCUUCACCCACCCUCAAUGGCCAUAAAUUGGAAAUCUUGGUUCUGGAAACGGGCCUACAACAAAGCACAUUCGGAGCUGGAGAAAAUGGGAGUUUGGAUGACAUGCUGUUGGUGCCGACGAUGGAGAUACCGACUUCGGGAUCGGGUCGAUAUACUCCAAUUACUACACCAGUUCACAAAUCUUUGAUUGUAUCCAAGGGUAUUGCUGGGGCUUCUUCGCUGAUAUCCAGUCGCAUCACCACGGAGAGGGAUAUCAUUGGAUCAGCUGUGGACAUACGCGUUGGAGAAGACGAAGACCCAACGUCCCUACCAUUUCAAAUAAUCAAUAUCGAUUUGGGAAAUACCGCCCUUUCUUCAUUCCGUCAGAGCGUGAACAAUGCUUUGGACUACGAGCAUAGCUGGUUUGCAAGCGGGAUUCCCGAGAUUCAGAGCUGGUUAAAAUCAGGAUCCUCUGUAACUGAAGGAACGAUGAAAAAGCCAGUUCAGAAACUCAUUGAAUCGCUACUGCAAUCUACCAAUAGCGCCAUCCAAGCAGAGCAAGCUCGCCAAUUAACUGCAUCUCUCAACUCACGAAUCUCCAACUCCCAGAUAGACUCCUUAAAACUAGACCUCUCAAAAUGGGCAGAAAGCGCCCACACAGAGCUCCGAGACCAUCUCGAUAUAGCGUUCAACGGCCGCAGAUGGCGAAAAUUGGGUUGGUGGAAGUUAUUCUGGAGAGUAGAUGAUGUCUCCAUGAUAGCCAGUUCCAUCCUCACCCGCCGCUUCCUCGUCGACGCCGAGAAAGAAGUCAUCUUUCUAGCCGGCCGCAUCGUCGAAGCAGGAGUCUUCAAAAACGCCCCAGACCCAGCGAUAAAACACUGGGCCUACAAACCCCUCCAACCUCAACAACUCGCCGAGCCCAAACUCGGCUCCGAACCCAGGCCACCAAAGUACAACGAUCUCUUCACCCCCGAAGACGGCGAAAGAGGUCUCAAAAAUCAGAAUUGGCCCCUCCACAUCCCUAGCACCCGAGCCUACCUUUCCCAAGAAAGCGUACCCGCCCUCCAAGCCCUCGCACAAAAACUCGUCCUCCAGACCCUCACUACCACCUCCUUAUUCUCCGUCCUUGGGGGUCUAACAUACAUUUCCACCCUCGGAACGACCGUUUACGAAGCCGGUGCCGUCACUUCCUUGGGUGUCGUCUGGGCCCUCCGACGGAUGCAAGGGAAAUGGGAGGGCGCGCGGAAAUUCUGGGAAGGCGAGGUGAGGGAGGAAGGGAGGAAGGCGGUGAGGGGUGUGGAGGGUAUAGUGGGGGGUGUGUUGGAGGCGUCUGCGAAAUCGGUAACGGUUGAGGGCGCAGAUGAGGAAUUGGAGAAUGCGAGGAGGCUGGUUAGCAUGGCGGAGGGGAGGUUGAGGGAUUGUUGUGGUGAUAUACCGAAGUUCGAGGAGGAGGUGUAG